UUUCUUUGAUACUUUUUAUGAUUUGUUAGCAGUCUUCAAAGGGAAAGGGUCAUGGCAAGUUACACUCCGAUAAAACUAGCCCAUUAUAUUGCUGAGCCAGAAAAUGGAACAGAUGCCCAACUGUCACCAAUCAUUUUCCUUCAUGGACUAACUGCAACAAAAGAAAUAUGGGAGAAAAUUCCUCAAAUAGUAGCAUCCAAAACGAAAAGGAGAGCAUAUGUCGUUGAUCAACGAAAUCAUGGAGAUACUGAAUGGACGGAUUUAUUCAACUUUGACAUACUAACAGACGACUUGUUACAUUUUAUGGAUGAAAAAGGGAUUGAAAAAGCAGUGCUUAUUGGACACAGUAUGGGAGGAGUAGUAGCCUUAAAGGCAGCUCUAAAACAUCCUGAAAAAGUUGAAGCAUUGAUUGUAGAAGAUAUGAUUGUUGGAAAACUACCCAAUGACAGAUUGAAGUUCCUGAAGUCAAUGUUACAUAAAAGUCGUGAAUUUGUUCAAAAAAUACCAAUAGAAGUUGAUGAAAGUCAAGCCGUUUCAUUAUAUAGAGACUUUCUGCAAGAAAUAGCAAAAACGGCUUCAGAAAACAUAAAAAGACAAAUAAAGAAGAGAGACACUGGUCCGGACUAUUUAAGACUCAGGCGCGAUGAAAACGGUCGAUGGGACUUCAAAAGCAAUUACAUUGGAAUAAUUAAAGCUCUUAGUGAUCCGGAUAACUUGGUGUCAGAUCCUGAAGGAACUUAUAAUGGACCAGCGUGCUUCAUUUAUGGAACUUUAUCACAUUUGCCAAUACCAGCAAAUGAACCUCAGAUUAAGAAGCACUUUCCUAAUGCUGAAUUGGUGCCAAUUGAAGGAGCAACACAUCAUAUUACUGCUGAUUGCCCAGAAGAAUUGACAAAGGCCUUUUUGGAAUUUAUAUCAAGCAUUUCAUAGUGAAAGAGAAAUUUUUGAACUCUUCAUACACUUCUAAAGUUUUUUUUAUACAAUUUUUUAAUAAAACGA